AUGCCCCCGGUUUAUUAUUCAAAAGCCAAAAAUAGACACCUCUGGGUUACCGCACGAAAUGUACGCGCUACACAGCAGAUCAUGAAACAUAAUUGUCGGUCAAUAAUGUCUUGUGAAUUUAAUUGA